GGUACGGAUACGAACCCUGUAUUCAAGAAACUGUCGGCUUUGGGACGAAGAGUGGAUGGCGUUGAGAGCGAACGGGAAGACGAGACUAUUCACGACGAGCCGCCGGCCUCUGCGCUCCACCGCAGGCGAGCUCUCGUACCCCCGAAACUCAUCACUGAUGGCUAUGAAAGCGCUACAGAAGAUGCAGAACCGCAUCCCUUGAAUGCCCCGAACACUAAUUUUCUUGGAGAACCGGUUAAUCACAAGAAUCGUCGCCGCAGUUCUAUUGUAGUGAUCCCUCCGAUGCAGAUCUGUCCGGAUAACUUUGACGGAUCCACACAAUGCCUGUCGUUGGGCGAUGGUAUGUAUCAAAAGUUGCCUUUUUCUUGACAUCAGCCGCACUCUGAACUCCAGACCAAUAAAUCUUAGGCCCGAUUGCAUUGCUGUAC